GUAUCCAUGAUGGUACUGAUCUUAAUAUGUCUAUAGUUCCUGUUUUUUUUGUUUUUGUUUUUUUUUGUUUGUUUGUUUGUUUGUUUUGUUGUUUUUUUGUUGUUGUUUUUUUUUUUUUUUGGAGACAAUAAUUGUUGAAAAUAAUUGUACUAUAAUAUUGCACCAUUACAGAAACUAAAACUAACCCAUAUAAAUUAAGGAAUAAUUGAAAAAUACAAACCCAUUAAAAAAAACAAUAGUCUGUUUUGUUGACUUUACUUUUACAUUUUUAAAGUGUUAUUUCUUAAUGGAACAACAACAUAGAAAACUUUGUCACAAAUUGAAGGGAUUUAAAUCCACUGAUGAAAUAAUGAGAACCUGAGGACAUCAGGAUCCAGACAGAGCUGCCCUCACUGUGAUUUAGUUUUUCUUUAUUGAUUAUUGAACAAAUUGUCUUAAAAGAGUCUCUAAAUGUGAAAACAUUUGCAAUGAAUUAUCAUGUCAGUUUUUUUCAUGCUUGAUUUUCUUUCAUUGAAUAUUCUCUGCCAAUAUCUAAAAAGUUAGAUGUUUUAAUAGAUUAUUUAUUUGUUUUGACCCUUGAUAGAGGACCUAAUGAUUUAGAGCCCGGGUUGUAAUUGAAACACCUCCUCAACAGUGAUGCUCUUACAUAAUUAUUGGCUCCAAUACCUGAGUCUUCAAGGUCAGACCCGGCCCACUGAGUGAACCUGAGCCAAUUAUUUGCCACCAAGCUGCAUAAAAGCGGCGAUGUGGAAGAGGAGAAUUAAGCAGAGAUUCCUGAUUCAUCUCUAAAGCUUCACUCACGCAAACCAACAUGACAAACCCAGUCACAUACGAGGAACUGAAGGCUCUCCUGGCCAAAAGCAAAGAUCUGAUUCUGAUUGAUGUCCGUGAGACAGACGAGGUGAACAAAGGACGCAUCCCCAGGUCCACUCACAUUGCCCUUGGCACCGUCGAAACUGCCUUCAAAAUGAGCCCAGAGGAUUUCCAGGCCACAUACGGGAUUCCCAAACCUGCACUGGAUGCGCCUGAGCUGGUCUUUUACUGCCGGUCAGGGAAGCGGUCAGCAGAGGCCAUCAGCAAAGCCAGAGAACUUGGAUAUGUGACAGCACGUAAUUACACCGGCUCUUACCUGGACUGGUCUAGGAGGGAGGGAUAAAGAUUCACGUUGGAGAAGAGCCUCACACCGCACACUAUAUUUAUAUAAUUAUAUAAGCUGUAAAACCCUUCUAGACAUUGAUCAUGUUGGUUCUUAUAGAACACGUCUCUGAAUGUUAUUUGUGUGAAUAAGUAACUUGCAAAUAAAAUAAAAUUAUUUUUGUUCUUAAAAGUG